AUGCCCGAUGACUCGGACGGGCCCGACGACCCAGACGGGCUAGACGACACGGACAGGCUAGACGAUCCGAACGGACCUAAUGACCCUAACGGGCUCGACAAUCUAGACAAGUUCGACGAGCCAAACAAGCCCAACUACCCGAAAGGGCCCGACGACAUGGACGGGUCUAAGGACCUGAACAGGCCCGACAACUCAGACAAGCUCGACGAUCCAAACAACCUCGUUGACACAGACGGGCCUGACGACCGGGCCGGAUCCGACGACUUGGAUGAGCACGACUAUCCGAACGACCCGGACGGAUCCGAUGACCCGAAUGGGCCCAAUGACCUAGAAGGGCCUGAUGACCCGGAUACGAUCCAAAUGGGCUUGACGACACGGUCGAGCCAGACAACCCAGAUGGGCCCAACGACUUGGAAGGGAACAACGACUCGGACGAGCCUAAUGACCUGGAAGGGCGCAACGACUCGGACAGGUCCGAAGGGUUCAUAUCGAUGGGCCCGCAUGGGUCGUCAGGCAUGUCCGGGUCGUUGGGCAUGGCCAAGUCAUCAGGUUUAUCUUGAUUGUCGUGCCCAUUAUGGUCGUUAG